AUGAGUGACCUCGUCAAACGCCUCAGCUCUUCAAUGCCUCUGGUCGCUCGAGCCCGCAACGCUCGCCGCAUCAUGAGCAACGACAUACCGGAGCGGAUGACGGCAGAGGAGCAGCCAUACUGUAUAUGGCAUCCCGACAUGGCCACCGAGGAUGCCUACCGCUCAAUGGCCUCUGGAUUCCCCGACAUGCGCUAUCAGGUCGGCCGUGCGUGUGCUGCAGCAGGUUAUCACGCCCUCUACCAGGAGCUUGAUCUCCUGCCUGAAGUGUCCAUCGCUGAAGAGGGGCGAGAAAGCGAGACAGAUGGCGGGAAACUCAUCUAUGACGAGAUCAUGAGUUUCAAAUAUCGCUAUGUCAUCAUGGACGACUGCAAACGCACGGUAGAAUUGAUGGACUAUGUAUGCCCGGUGUAUCUCAACGCUCUACGAGGCAUUGCACGCCGCUUCAAUGACGACCUUCUCCCAUGCACCGAAGAGGACAUGCAUCUCGGCCUCGAAGUCCAAGAAUUAGAUGAAAGGCAUGAUAUGCUGACCGAUAACGAGGCGAAGCUGCUCUAUAACCCUCUGCCUCGCGAUCUGCCGACGGUGAAAAAGACUUUGUUGACACAGAUGGCAGCCCACGACGGCAACAUCGAACGCUAUGCCCAGCUCGCCAAGUCUGGAAGAACAUUAACGCAACUAGACCAAGACUGUGUCAUCCGUGGUAUCAUACAUCACACUAUGUAUGCUCGCUGGUGGGCGGACCAGAUCAAGAACGACACCAUCUAUGCUAGGUCUUCCCCAUACGUGUGGGAUAUUCAGCGAGCCAUAAUGGCACGUCGAAUCAUGCUCAACGACGCUUCCGCAUUCGAAGAAGGCUGGCCACCAGGAGUCCCGAUGCCCUACAUCAUCUGGUGGCCCCUACAACCGCAGCCAGAUAUGCUUGGUCUUCUUGCCAUGAAGGUGUCUGAGAUGAAGACGGCAGUGCGCGGCGGCUGCGAUUGUCUGCGAUUACGAGAAUGUCUACAAGAGCCUUGA